CCUUUUCUUUAUAAAGUCUUUCCACCUGUGGAAAAAAGUAAGGGUUGAACUUUAAACAAGCCAUCUCUGAAACACCAUGGACAACAUCUACAAGGCAGCGGUUGAACAACUUACAGAGGAGCAAAAAAAUGAGUUCAAGGCUGCCUUUGACAUAUUUGUGCAAGAUGCUGAAGAUGGCUGCAUUAGCACAAAGGAGCUUGGUAAAGUGAUGAGGAUGCUGGGUCAGAACCCCACACCAGAGGAACUCCAAGAGAUUAUUGACGAGGUGGAUGAGGAUGGAAGUGGCACAGUGGACUUUGAUGAGUUCCUGGUUAUGAUGGUGAGGUGCAUGAAGGACGACAGCAAAAACAGGUCUGAAGAGGAGCUUGCAGACAUUUUCAGAAUGUUUGACAAAAAUGCAGAUGGAUAUAUUGACUUGGAGGAGUUGAAGAUGAUGCUGGAAGCCACUGGGGAGGCCGUCACAGAGGACGACAUAGCAGAAUUGAUGAAAGAUGGAGACAGGAACAAUGAUGGGAAAAUUGAUUAUGAUGAAUUCCUGGAAUUCAUGAAAGGAGUGGAGUAAACCCAGUAGAUCAAGACUGUGUAAAUUGAAUUGCUUUGAGUAUUUGAUUACGUCUCACAACAGCAAUGACUGUAAUGCAAAUUCCAUGUUCACCCAAACAAGCAAAUGGUAAUGUGCUCUGGUUUGUAAUGUUGUAUGCUAGAAUAUAUUUUCUGUUUUAGAUGCAGCCUUGUCCCAGCCUCACAUGCAUGGGGAAAUACUGAAGUUGCCAGAUGUCUUUGCAAACCAUCAGAUGCGUGUUGUACAAGUUAAGGCAAUAGACAUUUUAGCUUUUAGAAUAGCAACACACAUCACUAGACUUAAUUUCACCGCAAGACCAUACCAAUGUCAAUGUUAUGGAACACAAUAAAAUACUGAAAUGUUUCACAA